GACCAGACAGCCCAGCCCAGCCCAGCUCGAGGCAGUCCAAUAGGUGCUCAGGCCUCCCAACAGCACACAGGCAGGUGAGCUGCAGACAGCUGGAGGAAGCUGGCUCUCUGAGAAGACAGGAAUCCCAGUCACAGACUAUGCACCUGCCUGCUGAUGCCCAGCCCACAGAAGGGAAAAGGAGCUGCCAGAAAUGAGAGCCAGACUGGUGUGGCUCAUCUCCGUCUUCACUGUCACGAUGGGCCUCAGUGGCUUCCUGCAGAAACAUCAUGGCAUCAAAACAAAAAGAAAACACAGUGCAGGCAAGAUCAAGCCUCCAGCUCAGGAGUAUGAGAUACUGCUCCAGGUGACUUACAGAAAUUCUGAGGAGAAGAGAGUACUGCACAGGGUUCUGAGGGACCUGAAGUCUCCAACGCCAUGCUUCCAUAUGCCAACCAAGAUCGUCAGAGCAAAGGCUACCACAUAUUGUGGCAGCCAAAGUGGGGUCCUGAGGUGUGCCUGUGAGGACAGCUACACCUGGUUUCCGCCCUCAUGCCUUGAUCCCCAGAACUGCUACCUUCGCACAGCUGGACCCCUCCCCGGCUGUGAGUGUCAUCUCCACAACCUGAGCCACAGUGUGAAUUUCUGUGAGAGAGCAAAGGUUUGGGGCACUUUCAAAAUUAAUAAAAGGUUUACCAAAGACCUGUUGAACUCAUCUUCUGCUAUAUACAUCAAUUAUAAAACUGAAAUUGAAAAUCAACUUAAAACAGCUUACAAAGGAAUCCAAGCUUUCGAUUCGGUUCGGGUCACCCAGUUUCGGGAAGGAAGCAUCCUCGCUGGGUAUGAGGUGAUUGGCUCAAGCAGCACAUCUGAGCUGCUUGCUGCCAUUGAGCAGAUGCUUGAAAAGGCAAAGGCAGCCCUGAGCCUGCUGUUUCCAAUUGAAGAUGGCUCCCUCAGAGUGUUUGGGAAAGUACAGUGUAACAGCGUUUUCUUUGGAUUUGGGUCUGAAGGUGAUGAAUAUGUCCUGCUUUGUAGCAAUGGCUAUGUUGGAAGCAUCACAGCCAGAUGCCAGUCUUCAGGAUGGCAGGUCACCAGGGAGUCCUGUGUUCUCUCUCAGCUGGAAAAUCUACAGAAGAACUUGGGGGCGAUUGCAGGCAACAUCACGGAGGCAGACGUGUCAUCGCUGGUGCGGAAUCUCUCCGCCAUCAUCCAGGAAAGCCCGCCCAGCACCGUUGGGGACCUGUCUACGGUGGUGUCCAUGCUGGGCAAUGUUUCAUCUUUGUCACUGGCAAACCAUUUCACAGUGUCUGACUCAACGUUGGCGGAUGUCAUCAGUAUAGCUGACCGCGUUCUGGAUUCGGCCUCCAUAACUAACUGGACACAGUUAUUGCAAGAAGAACAGGAUGCUGGCUCGCAGUUACUAGAGACCCUGGAAAACAUUAGCAUUCUAGUACCUUCCACGGCUCUACCUCUUAAGUUUUCUCACCGAUUCAUUGAGUGGAACGGGAUUCCAGUGACCCAAAUCCAAAGCACCCAGGGUUACAGCUAUCCGGUUGAAAUGAUCCAAAAAGACACCUCCAUGCCCAUCAGAGGCCACGUGUUCAUUGAGUCAGGGCAAUUCCAGAAAUCCCUUCCACAAUCUAUCAUCAGCAUGGCCUCCUUGACCUUAGGGAACAUUCUACCCAUUACCAAAGAUAGAAACUCCCGGGUCAAUGGACUCGUGAUAUCCACACUUAUCCCAAACCAUCCCAUCAAUGAAAUUUACCUGAACUUCUCCAAGAUGGAGGCCAACCUGAGCCAGCCUCGGUGCGUGUUUUGGGAUUUCAGUCGCUUGCAGUGGAGCGGCGCGGGCUGCCAACUGGUAAACGAGACCCCAGGCUCAGUGCUGUGCCGUUGCUGUCACCUCACCUCCUUCUCCAUGCUCAUGUCGCCCUUUGUGCCCCGUGAAAUUGUCCCUGUGGUGAAAUGGAUCACCUAUGUGGGACUGGGCAUCUCCAUAGCGAGCCUCACCUUGUGCCUCAUUAUCGAGGGUCUGUUUUGGAAGCAAACCCAAAAGAGCCAAACCUCGUACACACGUCACAUCUGCAUGGUGAACAUAGCCCUGUCGCUCUUGAUUGCUGACGUUUGGUUUGUCAUCGCUGCCACCGUGGACGCCACCGUCAACCCUUCCGGAAUCUGCAUCGCCACUGUGUUCUUUACUCACUUUUUCUACCUGGCUUUAUUUUUCUGGAUGCUCACGCUGGGCGUGCUGUUGGCUUAUCGCAUCGUCCUGGUAUUCCAUCACAUCGCCAUGCCUUGGAUGCUGGCUUCUGGGUUCUGUCUGGGCUACGGGUGUCCUCUUAUUAUAUCUGUCGUCACCAUUGCCGCCACACAGCCCAGCGAUAGCUACAAAAGGAAUGAUGUGUGUUGGCUUAACUGGGCUGAGGACAGCAAACCUCUCUUGGCGUUCGUAGUUCCCGCGUUGACUGUCGUGGCUGGGAACUUGGUGGUGGUGCUGCUGGUUCUCAGAAAGCUCUGGAGGCCAGCUAUUGGAGAAAGACUGGGCCAAGAUGACAAGGCCACGGUCAUGCGCAUGGGAAAGAGCCUCCUGAUUCUGACCCCUCUGCUGGGGCUCACCUGGGGCAUCGGCAUAGCAACCAUGGUGGACAGCCAGACUCUGGCUUGGCAUGUUCUUUUUGCUUUACUCAACGCUUUUCAGGGAUUUUUCAUCUUCUGUUUUGGGAUUCUCUUGGACACUAAGCUGCGGCAACUUAUGUUUAACAAGUUGUCUUCAUUGAGCUCUUGGAAGAAGACGUCAAAGCAAAAUUCCUCUGAUAUAUCUGCCAAACCAAAAUGCUUAAAGUCUUUCAACAUACUGCAAAACAAGGGCACUUACGCGCUUUCCCAGACUGGAGAGUCCUCCAAUGACAUCACACUAACUCAGUUUUUGUCCACGCAAUAAAGCUGGGAGCCAUAAAGUCAGCUUUUUAAUUUUUUUUUUUUUAAGCAAUGUGACCUUUAGAGCUAAUUGUCAGUUAUGCCAUUAUGCUCAGAAUCAGAUGGGAUUUUCUGAUUUUGGAGUCUGGAAAUAAAGCAGGUUAUCUCAGUGGCUUCAACCCAUGCCUCAUUUGUCUUAAAUAGGAAUUUUAAUUUCCACGUGUAGUGGUUUGAAUCAGAUGUCCCCUAUAAACCUUUUUGUUUUGAAUGCUUGGUUCCCAGCCAAUGGCAGUUUGAGGGGGUGGAGCCUUGCUGGAGGAGGUGUGUUUUCAUGGUGAACUUUGGGGAGUUAUAGCAGGUUCCCCUUGCCAGAGCUUGGCUUACUUUAUGGUUGCUAUCUUCCACCUGUUGUAGCAAGAAGUGGUGUCCAGUUUCUGUUCUAGCAUCUUUCCCCUGCCGUCAUGGAGCUUCCCCUUGAGACUGUAAGAUAGAAUAAACCCUUUCCUGCCAUCA